UCCUGCGCCUAUCACCAGGCCAUGCAGAUGCCCAUGUCCCCGCAGCCUGGGUGGAUACGCAGUCCCGUGUCGGUCCCCGCCGCAGGGCCCCGAGGAGCGCACGGGGCUAUUUUUGGGCCGUGGCGUGGCAGUGCCAGGGGGCCCCACGUCACAGGGUCCUGCCGCCUCGGCAUCGCUCUCAUUCCUGCCGGCACACGGUGAGCAGCAGCACAGCUCGGCUCGGAUCCCCCGACUUACAGACAGGCAGAGAUGGCAGGUGGCAUUUUCUCCCCUCUGGGGAGCUGCUCGGAGCUGGAGAAGGCCAACUGCCACCCGCUGGUGUGCCUGCUCUGCCACGAGCCCUACCAGCACCCCUGCCUGCUCGACUGCUACCACAACUUCUGUGCCAGCUGCCUGCGAGGCCGUGCCAGCGAUGGUCGCCUGCGUUGCCCACUCUGCGGGCACCCCUCAGUGGUGAGGGGAGGCACGGGGCUGCCCCCCGUGGACCGGCUCCUGCAGUUCCUGGUGGACAGUUCAGCUGACAGCGAGGAGGACGUGCAGUGUGCCAACUGUGACCGGUGCUGCACCAAGGCGGAGCUGGACACCAUGUACUUCUGCAACACCUGUGGGCAGCCCCUCUGUGCUCCAUGCCGCGAGGAGACCCACCGUGCCAGGAUGUUUGCCCGGCACGAGAUCGUCUCCCUUUCCAAGCGCACCAAAGACAUCCACAAGAAGUGCCCACUGCAUGAGGAGCCCUACAUCAUGUUCUCCACGGAGAAGAAGUCCAUGCUCUGUAUCAACUGCUUCAGGGACAUGCAGGGGGAGAGCCGGGCACACUGCAUCGACAUUGAGACGGCGUACAUGCAGGGCUGCCAGCGGCUGGACCAGGCGGUGAUGGCUGUGAAGGAACUGCAGACCUCCACGCGCGAGGCCAUUGUCCUGCUCAAGGCCAUGAUCGAGGAGGUUCGCAACAGUGCCAGUGAGGAGGAGGCGGCCAUCAACUCCCUCUUCAGCCGCAUGCAGGAGCAGCUCUCCGAGAGGAAAAAGACACUCCUGAAAGCUGUGCAGAGCCAGCACGAGGAAAAGGAGAAGGCAUUCAAGGAGCAGCUCGCCCACCUUGCCUCCCUGCUGCCCACCCUGCAGGUCCACCUGGUGACCUGCUCAGCCUUCCUGAGCUCUGCCAACAAAGCCGAAUUCCUGGACUUGGGCUAUCAACUGAUGGAGAGGCUGCAGAGGAUCGUCAAGCUGCCACACCGCCUGCGGCCGGCCCAGACCAGCAAGAUCAACAGCGAGUACCGGGCAGAGUUCGCCCGCUGCCUGGAGCCCCUCCUGAUGCUCAGCCCCCGCCGCUCUGUCGUGGGCAGCGCUGGUGGCAUUGGUCCUGGCAUCACUGGCACGAACAUGCUCACUGGUGGCCAAUGCUCCAAGACCCUCAUGGUGCCCAGCUGCCCCCCUACGAGUGACAAAAUGUCCACCGGCCCCAUGGUGAAGAAGCCAACGAUGCACCGGUACAUCAGCACCAAGGUGCUGCUGGCUGAGGGGCGUGAGACCCCCUUUGCUGAGCACUGCCGCAACUACGAGAACACCUACCGGAUGCUGCAGACGGAGAUCCAGGGCCUGAAGGACCAGGUGCAGGAGCUGCACCGAGACCUCACCAAGCACCAUUCGCUCAUCAAGUCAGAGAUCAUGAGCGAGAUCCUGCAGAAGUCGCUGCAGAUGGACGUGCAGAUCGCAGCUCACUACUCCGCCGUGGAGAUGAUGCGCAGCGUCUUUGAGGAGGUAUGGGAGGAGACCUACCAGCGGGUAGCAAAUGAGCAGGAGAUCUAUGAAGCCCAGCUCCAUGACUUGCUGCAGCUGCGGCAGGAGAACAGCUGCCUGAGCACCAUCACCAAGCAGAUUGCGCCCUACGUCCGCUCCAUUGCCAAAGUGAAAGAGCGGCUGGAGCCCAGGCUGCAGGAGCCCCAGGAGCCCAGAGAAGAGCAGGCCCAGAUGCUGCUCAAGAUCUGUGACAACAAUGAAGUGGUGCCAAGGGAUGCCUCACCUGGCAGCAACAAGGGGGCUUCAGCCAGCCUCGGGGAGGGCUUAAUACCCAGGGACACCCCUGGAGACCCCUCCCCAAAAAACAAAGACUGCUGCAGGGGCCAGCAGAAGAGCGGAGCAGAGACUGCUACCCCAGAAGAGCCGGUACUGUAGAGCUCAGUGCUGGGCACGUGGCAGAGCCGCUGGGCAGAACCAUGCCACAGUCACUGACCAGCUCCUCUUGCCCAGUGCCACAAGCCAGGGCUGGGAGCAGCCUGGGCAGCCAUGUCUGCAGCACAUACAAAGGCCUCAGGUGGACUUGCUUCUGAAAAACUCUCUUUGUGCUCGUUUUUGCAUGUGUCAGAGUGAAAUAAAAGGGUGCAGUUGUCCA